GUCACCUAAACCUCUCCUUUCCAUUUUGUUCGAUCCAUCGUCCGGUUCAGAAUUUGCAGGCAGCUCCUUGCUGCCAAGUUGUGCAACUGAAGGGUGGAAGCAUCGGUGUGGCGAGAUCAUGAGGUUUGCAGGGAGUAGCGUUAUUCUUCUGCUGCUUCUGCUCUCACUGUCUGCCUCCACCGCGGAAGCAAACAAGGAGAGGUUGAGAGACAUUGCGGGCCGGAAAUGGAACUUGAGAGGACGAAAAGCAAUGGCGGCUCCAGGACAUGGAGACGCGAGGAAGGAGGAUCCGGCGGGAGCCAAGAACACAGGAGCAAAUCAAGAAGCAGAUCAUACUUCCGCUCAACUUGUACAUCACAAGGGUAAACGGAGCAGCAAGGGAUCAGCAACCCAUCCCCUGUUUCAGCAGGGAGCAAGCGACCACGACGACGCGGCCACCGUGGCGGCCGAGAUGCUGAGGAGGGACUACUCCGUAUACGCGGAUCCCCACAGCCGGCGACCCAUCAACAACGACGCCCCGUUGGAUGAGCUCGCGGAGAAAAAGCCCUAGCUGGCUAGCUGGGCAUUUUGAGCGAUGCUGAAUUGCUGCGUAACCCCUCUUGCUAGUAUCAUAGAUACAUGUAGCCUAGCUUGUUUCUUCUCAGUUUACAUUAGGUGUAGAGCUAGCACAUGGUUAGCUUAGCCAGCUGGGUAGGGAGAAGAACACUCUGAGACGGAUGUAGAAACCCAUCUCCUGACCCUCGGUGGAACAGACUGAGGUGGGUCGGAUGGGCAAUUUUGGUUACACCGGAGAAAUGCUUUUUGUUGA